CCUCCACUCGAUUGCGCAUUGAGGAGAGAAAAUAAAUAAAGCAACGGGCUCUCGCAAUGUCUAUUUAUUUGUUAUGUUUAACAACAAACGGCGGUUUGCCCGUGUUUACCAGAAAAAAGGGCGAAUGCGACAAUCUUCCGUUUUCAACUGUUGCUUCUCUGAAUGGCUUUCAUAUGUUCUUCAAGUCGUUGGGAAUCCAACUGGAGGGCACGAGCACUACAAAGCCACCACCUCAGAAUCAGGGUCAAGUCGAAGCUGAAGAGUGGACGUACAUUUGGAGGGAUCAUAACGCAGUCACCCUGAUUGUCUGUGGCAGCGGACUUGGAUCGGAGCAGGUGCUCCAGACCUUAGCCGAUCUGGUUUUUGGAGCAAUAUCUAUGUUCAUCACUCGUACUGCAGAUAUGGCUCAUGCUGCUUUACUCGAUCGGUUAAAGAAAGAUGCCAAGAAAUACGUACCUAUUGUGGAUGCAAUUUUGGAGGCAGCAUGUGUCGGCACACAGCUUCUCGGCUACACCGAUUGUUUGUUGGCUGCAGAGAACGCGCCACUCCUGCAGAGCCUUAACGAAUUCAGUGGACACUGUGGCUCCUUAUUUUGCUGCCUGGUGGUGGGUCAUCGCAUCGCUGUAGCCACGGAGGGAUGGUGGGAUCUGGAUACUAGAGAUCGGGAGCUGUUGCUUUUUCUUCUGAACUCUUCCAGCAGUUUGCAGCAUGAUGUGCCUGUUUACUUGCCUGUAAAAAGCCCCAAUAUAGCGUACAGAUUUGUGAGCAUACCUGUGGCGCCUAACAGCGCCGUGUGCGUUUUAUGCGGGGCGGAGAAUGCCUCGUUUCGGGAGUUGCAUGCGCAUGCCAUGAAUGUGUACCGCAACGAGGGGAAUCUGCUGGCCGCGGCAGAACGAUGCAUGCCUAGGAGCCUGCCGGAACACCUGGAUAUUGAUGGCAAUGUUCUGGCCAUCAUACUGAUUAAUCGACAAACGCGAAAGAGUCUUUUCACGAGAAACCUCAAUCAAGCCGCGAGCGCCAAGCGUAUUAUCGUGGGCGAACUUCAGCGACUGGAUAUAUUGAAGAAAUUCUUCGACCAGACUAUGGAGGCAGUUCACAUGUUUGAGGCACAAAGCUCGAGCAACAAAGCUGCUCUUUUGGAUCAGUAUAGCUGCACGGACUACCACAAGUGUUAUGCUACCGCUGAUGACAAUGGCAAUGUCCUGUUUCUCCUGUUUGUAGCAGCCGUGCCCACGCAUGCAAUGAAGUUUCUGGCCCAACGAAUCCACGGAAGUAUUCUUCAAGAAAAGUCUGUGUGCUGGUGAACCAGACGUAUUUUAUUUUUAUUUCCGCAAGACUGAUAUUAUUUUAAACAACUUGGGAUAAGGGAAAACCAGACUCUUUUUUUAGAGUUAUACUUUUUAAGAUACAUCCGUCCAUUUUUAGCUAUACAUAACCAAACUUAAUACAUUCAUAUUUUUAAGUUUUAUAUUUACA